AGCUGCACUCUGCACUCGGAUAACUGGCAUCCCUGUAUUGCCAGCAGUGCAUGACUGUGUAUGUGCCCUGUAAUGAACUCACAUCCCGCCCAGAGUGUACCCCAGCCUUGUGCAUGCGCUGCCUGCGAUAGGCUCCAGGCCCCUGGUGACCCUGACCAGGAGUGUGGAAGAUAGAUGAAUUAUUAUUUAUCGCCCCCUACUGGCUACUGAGUAAUACUAUAUUGUCAAAACCUAAUUUUAAUAGUACAUGACUUUCAAGUAUGCUAACUUUUAUAAUAAAUAUUGCUUAACCAACAUAUAAUUUGAUAUGUAAUUGAUUUUUUUUUAUUGUCCUGUAUUCUGAUCAGUAUGUCUCGUUAAAACACAGUAGUGAUGAUACAUCAUUGUUAAGAAUUUCUGCCACGUUCCUGUGUUGUGACUGUAUUGUCAGUGAACCAGGACCUUUCUGUUCAUAAUCAACACAGCUGCCACUUUCCAUGGCAACACAGUCACCUUCAGACCUGUGGAGAGAUGCUGAAGAAACACAAAAUGCUUUUGACAAAACUUUUGACAAUCAGUCUACUUUACAUGUCUCUCCUGUUCAGUUUAUGAAUUUAUACUGGCAUGAACACGCAGACAUUAUCACAAAACACAAACUGGACAUAAAAAUUACAAAUUCACAAAACAAAACAACUGGCUUCUACUUCCUUUGUCGAUAUGCUGAGUCAUGCUGUAUAUCACACAGAUAAUCAUGGCAGGCACUUGUUCCCAUGCCAACUAUAUGCAAAUAUAUUUAUAUUAGAUGAAAAGAAAAAUUCCCAUCUGCAUAUUGCGUGUCCUGCUGUAAUAGGUUUGCUUGUCUCAAAGGGGAUGUUCAAGUAUAUAAAUAAAGUUCUUUCCAAAAGAAAAACACUGAGCAUGUUCAAAAGACGCAAGACACAUCACCUUUAAGAAAACAUCUCUGCAUUCAUCAUCCAUAACUGCUUAUCCAGUAGAGGGUUGCAGUGUUUGCUUGGAGCCAAGCCAGGAAGCCCAGGACACAAGGCAGAGAUACACCCUGGAAAGGACGCCAGCCAGUUGCAGGGCCUUAUAAGACAACAGCACUAUGCUGUUUUAUUUUGCUGUUGCUUUGUGACAGAGAAAUGAACAUUUCACUAGAACUGGAAACAUACCAGUACUGCUAUCCAGCAGCUAAUGGGACGUGUGUUAAAAGUGGCUACUCUGGAUUUGCCAGGUUUGCCUUGUACAUGUUUUUUCUGUCAGGGAUGACCGUGACCAUCACGGGAAACCUGGUGAUCAUCAUCUCCAUCGCGCACUUCAAGCAGCUGCACACACCGACCAACAUGCUGGUGAUGUCACUGGCCCUGGCCGACCUGCUUCUGGGGGCCGUCGUGAUGCCCUUCAGCAUGAUCAGAUCGGUGGAGGGCUGCUGGUACUUUGGAGAUACUUUCUGCUCGUUGCACUCCACUUUCUACAUGUUCCUCACAUCCGUGUCAAUCUUUCAUCUGAUUUCCAUUGCGGUUGAUCGAUACCAGGCAGUUUGCAAUCCUCUGCGGUACCAUAACACAGUGACCAUUCCUGUGGCUUGGCUGAUGGUAGCGUUGAGUUGGGCUGCAGCUGCUUCUUACUCCUACAGUCUCCUUUAUUCUAAGGCUAAUGUGAUGGGCCUAGAUGAAUACAUCACUUCCAUUAAUUGCUUGGGGAGUUGCACUUUUCUGUUCAAUACGCUGUGGAGUACCCUAGACUCUCUGAUUGGAUUUUUCCUACCAUGUUCAGUAAUGAUUGGCCUUUACGUUAAAAUAUUUCUGGUAGCCAGACAACACAUCAGGCAGCUUGGAGGUACAAGUCAGCAGCCAUGUUUUACAGAGGGACAUGGCAACAGGAAAUCUCACAGCUCAGAGCGAAAGGCUGCAAAGACCCUUGGCAUUGUUGUAGGUGGCUUCAUACUCUGCUGGAUGCCUUUGUUUCUCAAUUCCACGCUCAACCCCUAUACCGACUUUGCAACUCCUCCUGUUCUUUAUGAAGGUUUUGUCUGGCUGGGUUAUUUUAAUUCCACGUUAAAUCCUAUAAUCUAA